AUGGCCAGUCUCAGAAAUAUCAUGAACGUCGAUGCCGAUGACGAUCAUGUUAAUUCUCAUUCUUUAAAGGCGGCCAUGGAUACAGGAUCAAGAUCAUCACAACAUCCAGCUGCUUCAAUGGGCUCUGUUGCUUAUGGCCAAGGCUCAGACUACUCCAUGAAUGCGUCCCCUUCUCGCAGCCAGAGAUUAAGCCCUCCAACCCGCUCCUUGCACUCGUUGCCAGUUGAUCAGCAUCCGUCAGGUAUGGCUUAUGGUGGUUAUCCGGGCGGCCGGAAUCCUCACGAUAGGCGCCAGAGCAACGCCAGCGCAGACUCGAUGGAUUCCCAUUACAGCCAAGGACAAGUCUAUGGGCAUGGAACCUCUGGAUCCUUCUCUACUACGCCCAUGAGACCAUUCGUGCCUCCACAAGAGGUUCCCGUCAAACUGACCCCUAUUACCGGAAGAACUUUUACUCGAGCCGAGCACCUGAGACGCCAUCAACUUAGCCAUCAGCCUCCGGCUUUGCCUUGCACAGUCCCUGGAUGUGAUAAAGUGUUUCACCGGCGGGACCUCCUCGAGCGCCAUCAACAACGACAUGACCAGGAUGAUCGCGUCGGAAAGCCAAAUAGCGGCCAACCACCUCAUCGUUCUUAUUCCCAAGGAGGUAGCCGAAGACCACCCAGUUAUCCUAGUUCUCCGCAAGGAUCAUUGAUUCAAGUUCAACAGCCGUAUGGUAGUACUUCACCGACUCCGUUGUCAACGGCGCCGACCCCGACUCUGUCGAUGCACUCGUCUCCGUGGUCCUCACACUCGGCCAAGCCAACAACAGUUCCCGUACGACAUAGUCCAGACGAAAUCACUAUAGGCGGGAUCAAGAGCGACUAUUUGGUGGAGCCGGUGCCGAAUAUGCCAACAACAGCGACAACUGCGUAUGCGGAACAACCUCGAAUCAUGCCUAGUCUGCCCACCGUUGACGGAAGCUCCUCGAUUUGUGUUUCGACGAUCCCUACUACGUCUAUCACUUGGUCCGCCGGCCCACGUAUUGCGACGCCUCUAUCGACGGCUCCUGGAGCCUUCUCAACAACCGCCACACUCUCACAGGACAAUCAGCGGUCCUCCAUCGCCGUUUCGAACAGCGCCUGGACCUCCCGCAUUGAUCAACCAACAUCCAGGGGCAUGCCACCAUCCGUCAUGGCCACAGGCGGGUAUGUUGCGUACGGGUAUAGCCCUUCCGUACCGCAAACAUAUUCUUCCAUUUAUGAUGAUGAGCCGACUGUUGGUAUCCCCACAUACGGAGAAGCUCCAGGAGGACUAUAUGGACCCCAUGUCCCAGCUUCCAGCAUGCGUAUGUCCCCUCAGCUGGUCGUUGGUCAGUCUUCAGAGACAAUGGUGGCGGCUGCGGCACCAUUGCCAGCAGAUCGUAUUGUCAAUCCUAUGCCGUGUCCUCCGGAGCCUAUUUCAAGGUUUGGCUUGCUAGCCCAGGACUUGAUGCCUGUGUCACUAAGCCGGGAAGCUCGGAGUGCGCUGCCAAGUUAUAUUGACAUCUUUUGGGACAAGGUACAUCCUUUUUACCCGAUUAUCCACAGAUCAACCUUGGAAGAUGGUGCAGGCGUCGUCCCAGAGCAUAUGGAUGUUUUACAAUGUGCCAUGGCUGCACUCGCGACACAGUUUCUGGGUCACCGAGAACAUCGUGUUAACGGCAGUCAACUACACUCCUACGCUUGGCACAAAUCGAAAACUUUUACUCAGUCAACCACGUGGCCUCUACCCAUCAUGCAAACAGUAUUGCUCUGCGAGUACUACGCCAGAUUCCGAGGACGACACAAGGACGACUAUCAACCCUCGUCGCGGUUCCUCACAUUAUGUCAAAUGGUUUCUGGGUACUGCUCCGGGACUGUUCCGCAACCAUCCGGUGGUAGCACUGAGCGCUGGAACGCGUGGAUAUACAUUGAAUCGUGCCGAAGACUGUUGGCUGCUUGCUUUCUUCUCAGUGUUCAUGGCAUGUGCUAUCAUGAGCAACCAUAUUCCACUGUGCUGGGCUUGGACAACUUAGCAGCAUCAAAAUUUCGGAUUGCUUUGUCAGGGAGCACAACGAACCUCUGGGAGGCUAGAAAUGCUGAGGCAUGGGCUGCGAUUGACAUGUCAACUAUCAUGUUGAAUACGAUUGGGGAUUUCAUGGAGAAUCCGACCUUGUCAACUACGGAAACAACACCAGCAUUCGAUGUGUCACUUGUCAUAGCCGCUCACGCCCUUCUGCUGCCAACCCGAGAAAAUCGUCAGGAAGUGGAGUUGGUCCAGGACGUAUCCGCUUUCAACAGCAACGAUCUGCUCAUGUCGAAAUUCUUCAAUCGCCGCCCAGGCGCCAACACUUAUCUCGCUUUGCAUUAUACCCCGUUGAACGUUCUACUGGCAGUCUCGGGCGAUAGCUGGGUUUUCAACAAGAAGAUACCUGAUGCAAGUCUGUUUGCCGAAUACAAGCGAAAGUUGGGCCAGUGGCGAGACUCGGGCACUUCUGCAAUUGCAACCGUAUUCGCAGCCCGGGCCAUUCGAGACUUCCUGGACCUUUCGGACAAGUUGGGGCAGAGCUUGGCACAGGCCAACACCUCCUCCUACGGCAUGACGGCGUGCACGGAGAUUUCCGAUUACUGGGGAUUGUACGUCUGUACCCUCAUCUGCUGGGCCUUCGGGCACGUUGGCAAACGGACGACGACGGACAAGCGGCUUCCCGCGCGAAGCAGAGCCAUCAACUGGAUCCGCACGGUUGCGGAACUCGAGCCCGGCCAACUCCAAGCCUUGCCGAAAAGGGAGGAUUCACAAGCCAUUGUAGGCUUUGUCCGAGAUAUUCUAGAAAAGGACUGUCUCGGCGGGCGAAACAUCCUAUUCGCCGACUCAGUCGGGGUGCUGCGAAAGUUGGAAGAGGUGGAUAACUGGAGCUGGUUCUAA